AGCCGCUGGUCUCGUGGCUGGCUGCUGACGGACAGGAAGUCGUCUCACGUCGGUCUGCAGAAAGCUAUUUCCAACAUGUUUGUCCGCCCCUGGAAACCUGCAGCAGCAUAAAGACGCCUUUCACUAAGCCGCAGCAGUCAGUGUAUCCUGUUCUAUGUGAGUUUUUGACCACAGGCAGGAUCCGUGUAUGGGUCCGAGAGCUGCAGUCACGAGUUGUUCAGAACACGCUGUCACUUCCUACAAAGACUAACGAACACUCAGCUCCUGUAUCCUGCUUACAGGAGGAAGCUGGAUGUCUGAGUGUUAUACUUUCCCACUCCACGGUUUGCGUUGUUACCGAGACACAAAAUGCUUUCUUUGGAGCAGGUGAAGCAGAGUUUAGAGAGUGCAGGACAGUCUCACGUCCUGCAGUUCUGGCCGGAGCUGUGUGAGGUGGAGAGAGACACUUUGCUUCAGGAGCUGUCUCAGCUGGACCUUAAGGGACUGAAGGAGCACUGUGAAGGGGCUGCGGGGGCUGCAGCUUCCCCGUCUGCCAGCCUGGAUCAACACAUAGAGCCGGUCCCUCCAGAGUCCAUCGGCAGCGUGAGGAAGAGUGACAAACACUCUCUGGAACAGUGGGAAAAUGAAGGGCUGUUGCAGAUCUCAGGGAAUCGAGUUGGAGUCCUGCUGUUGGCUGGAGGUCAGGGGACCCGUCUUGGUGUUCAGUAUCCCAAAGGGAUGUAUAACGUUGGGCUCCCAAGCCAAAAAACCUUGUAUCAAAUUCAGGCAGAGCGUAUUCACAAAAUCCAGGAGCUGGCCGACAGAAAGUAUGGCUCAAAAUGCACCAUUCCAUGGUACAUAAUGACCAGUGAGUUCACUCUGGCUCCCACUGAGAAGUUCUUAAAGGACAACAACUAUUUUGGUCUGGAGCCAUCAAACAUUGUUAUGUUUGAGCAACGAAUGAUACCAGCAGUGACCUUUGAUGGAAAGGUCAUCCUGCAGGGUAAAGGGAAGAUAGCCAUGGCCCCAGAUGGGAAUGGUGGUCUGUACCAGGCACUGGUGGACAACAAGGUGCUGGAGGACAUGAAGAAGAGGGGAGUGGAGUACCUGCAUGUGUACUGUGUAGACAACAUCCUGGUCAAAAUGGCCGACCCUGUGUUUAUUGGGUUCUGCGUGAGCAAAGGGGCUGACUGCGGAGCCAAGGUGGUGGAGAAGGCAUACCCUACUGAGCCAGUGGGCGUGGUUUGCAGGGUCCGAGGCGUCUCUCAGGUUGUGGAGUACAGUGAGAUUCAGCCAGAGACAGCCGAGCUCCGAGGACCUGGAGGGGAGUUGGUGUACAGUGCUGGAAACAUCUGCAAUCACUUCUUUACCAGGGCUUUCCUGCAGGAAGUGACAGAGACAUUUAAAGAUCAACUGAAACAACAUGUUGCACUGAAGAAAGUGCCUUUUGUGGACUUGUGUGGGAAUCAAGUUACACCCACCAAACCCAAUGGCAUAAAGAUGGAGAAAUUUGUUUUUGAUGUCUUUUCAUUCUCAAGGAGCUUUGUUGUGUUUGAGGUUGUGAGGGAGGAUGAGUUUUCCCCUCUGAAAAAUGCAGACGGAGCAGCGACAGACAGCCCGACUACAGCGAGAAACUCUUUGCUGGCUCAACACUGCCGCUGGGCCAUGGCUGCAGGAGCUACACUUUUGGAUGAACAUGGGAAUACCCUUCCUCCUAUGGCCAGUGUAUCAGCAGGGAACAAUCCUCCAGCACAAUGUGAGAUUUCACCACUGCUCUCCUACUUUGGAGAGGGCCUGGAGCAGCUGCUGAAGGGAAGAACACUGCCAACUCCCUUCAUUCUGGAUGAAAAAAGGGCCAAAGAGCUUCAGGCUCAGUAACAUUACUCUGAUUAAGAGAGUAUUGUGUGAUGGCAGCAGAUAGUCCAGUGCCAUACAGUACAGGAGUAUGGAAUGGAGAUGGAUGUGUUUGGAUAGUUUCAGCCCAAAAAUAUACAGCUGUUUAAAUUAAUUUUUGAACUGUAUAAUCAUGUCAAACUGUAAUUGAUGAAAUUAUCUAAUUUUAAGGAAAAGCUUCCACCUUUUAAAAUAAAUAAUUAUGGGACUAGCAAUGCUUUUUUGGAAUUGAUUAUUUUUUUUACAUUUAACUAAAAAAAUAAUCCAAAUUCCUCACCUUGUGUCCUCUCCCAUCCUUCUUAGUAAAUUCAUUCUACUUGACUUGCCUACCUAUUUAACUUGAAAUGUCCAAGAGUUAAUUCCAACUGUUUUAAGAGAAGUAUGUGAAUUUUUUUGUGAUUUUUUUAAAGAAAUGUUGAGUAAACUGGGAGUUUUGAGGAAUAUUUACCAAUAUUAUAUCUUAUAUACUUUCAGAACAGUAGGCUAUUAUAUUGAGCCAAAAUAAAUCAUGGAAAAGCUUCAUCAGCUUCCACAGAAAAGCUCUGUGGUGGACCUGUAAACUACAGAGUAGCUUUUAGUAGUUUUGAUCAAUUCAACACAAAAAAUAUAUAUCAAUAUCAAUUAUGAGUUUUGGAUUUGUUUUUUUUUGCUAUGUUUAGAGUCAGAUUGUUUUCUCUGCACCACACUCUCAGCCCCUGUACCUCCUCUCUGUAGGCUGACUCAUUGCCUUUGGUGAUCAGCCCCACCACAGUCGUGUCAUCUGCAAAUUUAACUAUGGUGGUGGCGUUGUGAGAUGGUACAUAGUCAUGAGUGUACAGAGAGUACACUCUAAUCUAAAGAGUAGAAUUAAGAGUAAAAACUUAUCUACUUACUAAGUAGGAAAGAACAAUUUAUAAGUUAUCUAGAAACUGAAAGGACAUUUAUCUCCAAACUAAAAGGAAUGAAAGAGUUAAAACUUAUCUCAAAACUGAAAGGAAACUUAACUCUAAACUAUAAACAAUGAAAGAGUUAAAACCUUUUUUCUUAGAGGGAAAUAAAAGUAAGAAGCUGGACGGAACAGUUUGGAGUGUGUGACAGUGCGAGAGUGUUUGAGUGUGUAUGUGUCAGUCGGUGUGAGUAUGUUUGAGUGGUGUUAUUGUUUUACUGUCACAGUCUCACACUCUCAUGUGGUUCUGGCAGGUACACAGUCUGCCUUUCUGAAGUGAAAAAAAAGCUGGUAACCCCGGUCAAAGAAGGAUCAAGAGGCCAUUGCUCUUCUAGAGAGUAAGACAGUAUGUGUGGAAGUGGAAGGGAUCCAUCACUAUACACCACACCCCUGCUCAGGUUCAGCAUAACCAGAAGAAUCCCAUCUUCUUCAAUGCUCCUAUGAAUAGAGGACUCAACCUGAAUAGUGCUCUCCUCCCUAGACCUACUCUGGGGCCCUCACUCCAUGGGAUGCUGCUACACUUUCGUCAACACAGUGUGGCCAUUAGUGGGGACAUAAAGGCAUGUUUCAUCGAGUCCAACUCCUGCCCGAAGACAGGCCCCUACUAAGGUUAGCGUGGUGUGACCUGAAGAGAGGAAGGCCCCCAACAUCUAUGAGUGGCAGGUGCUACCCUUUGGCACGACCUGCUCACCCUGCUGUGCCACCUUCGUGCUUCAACAGCAUGUUAUUGACCAUACCAGCUCAGAUGAAGAUGUCAGAUUUUCAGUACAGAGAUGUUUCUAUGUGGAUAACUGCCUGCAGAGCAUUCCAUCGGCCAAGGAAGCGAAACAGCUGCUAGACAAGCUGCGAGCCUCUAUAAUCUGAUGUGCUAUACUGAAGCUGAACAAUAUUGUAUUAAUUGUUUUCUUUACACAAAGGUUCACAUGAAACUUUUUCUUUCCCUUUUCAGUGCAAAUGAGGAGAUUUUGCUCCACAAAAAAAUAGUUUACCCUUAAAAAGGCUGGUUGUCAUUGCAGUAAUAUGAUGAUAUAUUACUGUAUUUAUUAUAUUUAUGGUCAUAUCUUAAUUAUAUGCUGAGAACAUGACAUUUGCGUUUUCACUGAGGUACCUGUACUCAAGUAUUUCCAUUUUAUACAGCUUUAUACUUCUACUAUACUACUCUCACAGGCAAAUGUGUUAUUUAUACUCCACUACAGCUUUAGUUACUAGUUUCCUUUUAUAUCACAAUUUUUCAUAACUGUCCUGCCCAGUGAAAACCAUUGGAGUGGUAACGCUAGACGCUACUGCCACAUAUCAUCUUGCAAGAACAAGAGAAGAAGAGGAGCUGUUAACUUUACUGGUCAGAGUGUGAGAGAAGUCUUCUUGUCAUUUAAAGUGUCUUAGUUACAGCAGCUGAAACUCUUUGUCAAUGAGGGACUUACAGCAACAGCAAAGGAAAGCUUUGGUACUGUGGAAAGAACCAUAUCUUCCCUCUCUGUUGAUACAUUUAAAACCCAUCUUAAGGUAUAUCCCUUUCUCUAGCCUUUUAAUUAUCUUUAUGAUGACAUACCUGACCACACUGUUAACACAUGUAUUCUUUGUAUUUUAUUUUGUUGUCUGUACAAUGCUAUUUUUGUCAUGAUUAUGUCAAAAUAUUGCAUGCUCUUAUUAAUUUUAUUUACAUUCUCCUAUUUAUGACUUUUUUUUUGAUCAUUCCUCUGUUUUUAUCACUUUAUGAAGCACUUUAGUCAAUGCUUGUUGUUUUUAAAUGUGCUCUAUAAAUUAAUCUGACUUGACUACGACAAACUAGGAAAUGUUCAGUCCCUUGGUACUGAUGGACUGCAGACACAAGGAGAACUCAUGAUCACAGUUUGUGUUUUCUUCAGGCUGAUAUUUUGUGGAGUAUACCUCUGGGCAGUUGGAGCUCAGGAGGUUGGCGGUUUGAUAUCUGGCCCCUGCAGUCUAUGUUGAAGUGUCCUUGGUAAAGAUCCUGAACCUCAAAUUAAGUGUGUUUGUAUGUUUAUCUAAUGAGCAGAUGGGACCUUGUAUGACAGCCUCGGUCACAAGUGUAUGAAUGUGUGUGUGAAUGAGUGAAUGGUGCUGUGAGACCAGGGAAGUGCUGUAUAAACACAGUCCAUUUCAUGUA